CCAAAGCUGUGAUGAAUGAGGCCAAACAAACAGAUGCUGAAAACAAAUCAAAUAUGAAAAAGGAUAGAGGUAUUGGAAUGGAAGGGUUAAAGAUGUUAGAAAUAGGAAGAAGGCAGAUGAAGCUGUCCACAGUGAAAAAGAGAGGCGGUGAAGUUAACACAGCAAUGCCUCGCAAUCUUGACAUUGCACUGGAGGAGAUAGGGACAUCACAAUCUGAAAGUUCCUCAUGUCUGUCUGGUUCUCCUGUGCCUGCUGUGAUUGGUCUCGCAUCCUCUUCUCCUACAAGAGCUGUGGCACACACUCUGGGCCCUUUUAACAUCCCACUGGUGAGUUAUUUUGCCACUUGUACGUGUCUUACGGACAAACAUAUGUAUCCAUCGUUUCUGCGGACUGUGCCGAGUGAUUUCUUUCAAGUCAGAGGUCUUGUGCAGCUCGUCACAUUCUUAGGCUGGCUCUGGGUGGGCACAAUAGGAACCACGGAUGACUACAGUCAUUAUGGCAUCCAAGCGUUCUCUAAUCAAUUUAGACAACAAGGUGGGUGUGUGGCAUUUCAUCUCACUAUCCCAAAAUCACCUACAGUGGAGGAGAUACAAGACAUGGCAGACAAGCUGCAGAGUUCAACUGCACAUGUUGUGGUUGUCUUUGCCACAGAGGGACAGCUGCUGGAUCUGCUGUUAGAGAGAAAUGUGACGGGGAUACAGUGCGUAGCCAGUGAAGCCUGGGUGACGGCGAGCCUGCUGACCUCACCCCACUUCCACUCUCUCCUGGAGGGAACACUGGGUUUCUCCUUCCCUGGAGUUUGGAUCCCUGGCUUGAAGGACUUCCUUUUGAACGUCCGCCCCUCUCCCAGACCAGGCAUGGAAUUUGUCAACAUGUUCUGGGAGGAGCAGUUUAGUUGUAAGCUAGAGUUUGAAAAAAACAGAUCCAAAGAAAGUGAAGCAGACAUGGAACAACUGAGUGAUUUGAACGCUUUUGGUCACAAAUCAUACUCCCAAAUCAAUUCAAGCUUUAUUGUAGGACCUACUCUAGCACAAAAAAGCUUAUUUAAUCCUCAUGGAGAGGGUGAAGGUGCUGCUGAAAAGCUUCUAUGCACAGGCUCAGAAGAUUUAAGAUACGCAGACAGCAGCUACACUGAUGUAUCUCAGGUCAGAAUAUCCUAUAAUGUGUAUAAAGCUGUAUAUGCCAUCGCACAUGCUCUGCACAAUUUAUUGAACUGUGAUUCUGCAGGACUCGGCAAAAAAUGUGGGAAACACAAAUCGUUUACUUCUGAGCAGUUACUGCAUCAUCUGAAGUCAGUGAAUUUCACAAACCAGUUUGAUGAGAAAAUAUAUUUUGACUCCAGUGGUGAGCCAGUACCUCUGUAUGACAUUAUUAACUGGCAGAAGGACAGCAAAGAUGAAAUUAGAUUUACUAAAGUGGGAAGCUAUGACGGUUCAGCUCCAUUGGGGCAACAAUUGAAGAUAGAGCAGAGCACCAUUGUAUGGACAGAAGGACAGUCACAGGUGCCUGUAUCUCAGUGUAGUGCUCCAUGUCCCCCCGGCAGCAGGCAGGCCAGACGUCCCAGAGAGCCUCACUGCUGCUUUGACUGUUUGCCCUGUGCAGAUGGAGAGAUCAGCAACCAGACUGGUUCCACCGAGUGCACAAAAUGUCCUGAGUACUACUGGUCAGACAGAGAGAGGGUGAAAUGUGUCGUAGGGGUUGAAGAAUUCCUGUCUUUCUACGAGACCAUGGGCAUCAUCCUGGUUGCACUCACAGUUCUUGGUGUCGUCCUGACAGCCAUCAUCUUUAUUGUCUUUCACCGUUUCCGCUCUACACCCAUCGUCAAGGCCAACAACUCAGAAAUAAGCUUCCUCCUUCUCCUCUCACUCAAGCUCUGCUUCCUGUGUUCGCUGGUGUUCAUCGGCCAGCCGUCUCUGUGGACGUGCAGACUCCGCCAGGCAGCAUUUGGGAUCAGCUUUGUUCUCUGUCUGUCCUGCCUCCUCGUUAAGACCAUUGUGGUUCUCUUGGCUUUCCGAGCGAAUUCACCAGGUUCCAGAAGCCUGAAGCUGUUUGGUCCCUCUCAACAAAGGACUCUAAUUCUUUGUACUACAGCUCCUCAGAUUUGUCUCUGUGCUGGCUGGCUGUUGGGUGCACCUCCCUUCCCAUUCAGGAACCCAACCUAUCAAGCCUCAACUGGAAAAAUCAUUGUGGAAUGUAAGGAGCCGUGGCCGCCUGGAUUUUACCUGGUCCUCGGUUACAUUGGCCUGCUAGCGUUCAUCUGUCUCCUUCUGGCUUUCCUCGGACGGAAGUUACCGGAUACGUUUAACGAGGCGAGGCUCAUCACGUUCAGCAUGCUGAUUUUCUGGGCCGUGUGGAUUUCUUUCAUACCUGCUUAUGUCAGCUCUCCUGGGAAGUUCUCAGUGGCUGUGGAGAUAUUUGCAAUAUUGGCCUCCAGCUUUGGACUGCUACUGUGUAUUUUUCUGCCUAAAUGUUACAUAAUUUUAAUGCGGCCUGAGAGGAACGUUAAGAAAGGCAUCACUGGAAAGUAUCCCAGAUGAACUCACGUAUG